GCGUGAAAUGACUGUAUUCUUACUCGCACUCACUCAUCAGCAGAUGGACUUUCACUGAUUCUCGCCAUGUUUACCAGUAUAGCUACAUAAACCGAACAUUUCUAAUUUUUGCAUUUUACGAAAAAUAGAGACCGCGAUGCUCGCGCCAGAGAUGCUAGAAGCCGCCGACUCUGCAUUCAUCUCAGAACACAUCCUCGUCGACGACAGCAUCGCACCCCAUCAUCUUUUGCUAAAAGUUGGCAGUCAUUCGGUGAUCAACCCCCAUGUGCGAAUAGCAAUUGCUGAUGCAAGUAGCGAUGCGGAAGCGGGACCGGCGAUAGAGCUGAAGAGGAUGCUGGUUUCAGUCGGAGAGUAUUCGAUUAUUGCUGAUAAAUGCGUGCUGGAGAUUGACGAUAUCCGCUCCCAGUCGCAGAGAAGAAGGAGUAGUAGUGUCGUAUCACCCACCAAAGACGAAAAGGAGGUUUUGGUUGCUACGCAGGUGAUUGGGAACUAUACCUAUGUCGACGCGGCAGCGCGGAUCGAGCCUGGGGUUGAAAUUGGCGAUUACUGCGUCGUUGGCGCAGGAUGCAAACUUGGUCGCGGGGUGCGGGUGGGAAACAAUUGUCGUGUGGCUGCGGGGACAAUUAUCGAACCUGGGACUGUGGUCGCUAGCAAGACCGCUGUUAGUAGUAGUGGUGGUGGGACAGGGCGGAUGUUGCAGACUUUGGACGUGGAUGAGGAUAUGGAUGACGGGCCGCGGAAGAGGGAGAUGAAGAUGCAUACCGAGUUUUUGUUGAAGGCGAUGCAUUCGCAUGGCAAACGGAGACAUUGAGUGGUCUGCUCAAUAAUUUCCCUUCUAUGAUGAGAAGCCAGGCAGUUGAAA